UUUUGGUCAUAAAAAUUGUUAUCAAUAAAGUGCUUGUUCCUUUUUUUCUAAAAUAACUAGAUGUUUUGACAUUUACUGAUAAGACCUUACUUGACUGAAUCUUUAUUGUUAGUUUGUAAAUUAAAUCUGUAUAUGUACAACAAAAAUCUGAAAUUUCAUUUAAAGUUCAGAGUCAGUCAUUCAUUCUUGAUACAAGGAUUAUUCCUAAAAAGAGAAAAAAAAGUAAAAUUAAGUAAACUAAGGUGAACUAUUUUUCAGUGAUUUUCUAUUGAAUUUCUUACGUUUGUUAAACAAAAGUUUUUAAAGUUGUUUUAUUUGUAACUUUAUAACAAGUAAAAAUUAAAAUUAAUAUUGAAAAUGAUCAGUUUUUUUCAAACACCUAAAGAGAUGAAAGGAUAUAAAAUCACGGAUAAUCAACGCUCAAGAAAAUAUGGAAUUGGAGCGAAUUCCUUAAAAAUGUUGAAAGAAAAAGCAAAAUUGAAAUUUCCUAUAAAAGAUUUACGACUUUAUAUGGCCAAGGAUGGCUUCGAAGUGUCUGAUGAAGAUUAUUUUGAAACGGUUGAACCGCAAACACUUUUUGUUGUUGCUGGUCCAGAUGAAGAAGUUACGACAGAAUCUGAUCUGGAGUAUCAAAGAAUGAAAGCAGAAACACCGAUGUUACAAAUUGCUGACAUUGUUUACGAUUUUAUAGAGAAGAAUCCCGAGAAGUUUCGAAAAAUUAUAAAUGAAUACGAGAAACGUAAACCUUUAAUUAAUAACAAUGAAAAAACUCUGCUCAGUCGUAAAUCUGACCAUUCUGAAUGGUUUGAGGGAUCUGAAGAUCGAUGCCAAACCAAAGAAGAAGCAAUGGCAAGGCGCUCUCAAGAUCGAAUACGUGGUUAUUAUUAUAAAACAAAAGAUGAAUUGACGAAAUGUAAACUGUAUCGAACAAACCCAAAAGCUCGUCAAAUCAUUGAAAAAAUUUUAGAAAAAUUUCGUUACCUUCUAAUUGGAUGUGAUUAUUUUUCCAUGUUAUUUGAUCGAAGUUGCCCAAAAAAGCAUGAAAUUUUGAAAGAGUUUGAUGAAAUCGAUGCUAGAGGUGCAAAUGUUCCUAACAAAAAAAUCAAACAAAUGAUAAAGGAAUACACAAUCAAAACUGAACUCUUAGAUGAAUGGACGGUUUCUUUAUGUACAGAGCGUGGUGAUUUUUAUUGUCACGGACCAUUUAGCAGUGGCGUUGGCAAAAAGGAAAAUAAAACAGAUCGUAAUGGUAAUAAUUCAUCAAAAAGUAAUACAAUUUGCAACAAUAAACACCAAAUAAAUCCAUAUGCAUCAAGAGAAAAUUUAAUUCUAUUUCAAGUAUGGAAUUUAGAUCAUCAAAUUGAAUUAUCUAGAACUAUUUUACCAUCUUUAAUUGAAAAUAUUCGACAGCUGGUUGAAGAAACAAAUUUAAAAUGUAAAAUCCAUAAACGAAAACAAGUUGUAGAUAUAAGUGUAUUAGAAUAUUUUUUGGAAAUAUUCAGUGUUAAAAAUUUGAAGUUGGUUCAUAUUGUGUGUCAUGAAAAGUGUCAGCGGGCAAAUAAAUCUAAUGGAAGACUAAUUUGUGAGGAUUGUGAUGAAUACAAAAUUUUAAAAGAAUUAAGUGAUAUUUCAUGUCCAGAAGAAGUUGAUGCAUGUUAAAAGAAAGAAGAAAAGAAAAAUAAGACAAUGAACAUGAGAUUAUUGAUUAUGAGUUUCUGAGGUAAUAGGUAACUUUAUUAUAUCAUUAAUAUAAUGAGAAGAAUGAAGUAGCAGUUUCUUCUAAUAGUAUUUUUAAAAAAUAUCAAACAAAAUUUUGUCUGGGACAAAGUAAAAAAAAAUUUUCCUUUUGUUAGAAGUUAAUUGGAAAGAAUUAUUUAAUGAUGUAGUAUUUAAAUAGUUAAGCUAUAGCUUGAAUAUAGCUUGAAAUUUAAAUUAGAGUUUGGUAAAAAUUUUGUGAAUAAAAUGGUAUUUUAGUUGAGAUUUUAAUUUUUGGACGAAAUCUCAAAGUUGCUACGUUAUAAAGAAUUAUUCUGAAAUAAUUCCUACAAGAAAGUUGCUAAGUUGCUUAUUUUCUAUGUAAGAAAAAUUAGAUUUAAUUUUUAACUCUAUUUCUACACUACUCUUAAAACAUUCCCGACACAUUUAAUUACUUUUCUCAAUUUUAUACUAUCUUUAAAAAAAAAAUUAUAAAAAAGAAAAAAAUGAAU